UUCAACUAAAACGAUAAAUUUCAAUCUGCUGUUUAAAUAGUUAUGAGCAACAAGCCGUAGAAAGUUUACAGGUUACCUGAUACGUAUUUACAGCAAUAAAGAAUGCAUUCAAUUUUUCAGAGAUACAUACAAAAGUUGAAUAUUUCUACGAAUUUUUAUUUUAAUUCUUAUCAGCAUGCUUUUCACAUUAUCGUAACCGUAUUACAAGGACAUGGACGAGCAAAAUAUUUUCUUUGUCAACAAAAAUCUCUUUCAUCUAAGUAUUAAUUAUUAAUUACCCUUGUAUAACAUUAUAUAUGCGACGCUUGUGUUGUUUCAAUUGUAUCGUACUUUAUAUUUAAAAAGAUAGGUUGGCAACUCCAAUUUAAUACUCAUGCCCCUUAUGAAAGCAAACUUUUUUUUAGACGUUCUUUCGAUUUUACAUUAAUAAUUGUCUUUGCAUUUCUCUCGUUCUUUCUCUCUGACAUUCUCUAUUUCGGGAAAUCUCUUUCAUUACAGUAACUCUCUUUUUGUGUCUUAUAUAAGGCCUUUUUUUUUCUAUAAAAUUUUCGCUACAUUUUCAAUAUUUAGGUAGAAGCAUAUAAUAAAAACUAUUUACAACGAUAAGCAUAAGCUUGCGAGAGUUGUAUUGUACAUCGUUUCGUUUCUCUUUUCAAUGCACACAUAUAUCUUGCUGACUCACUUCAAUACAUUAUAUAGCAAAUUGUUGGUAUUUCCUUUGUAUUCACUGUAUAUGUGUGUAUCUAUAUGCAUAUACAAUACUUUUGGGCAAGCUGGAGAGAAAGGCAAAGAAUGAGGUAACUAUAUGUUUCUUUGUGUAUGUCGUUUAUUCGUAUAUAAAUGUGUGUGUGUGCAUAUGUGUUGCGUGCGUGUGUGUGUGUGUAAAUCUAAGUGUUCACAAGACGACUGACUCUGGUGUACGUAUUUUUCACAACGACUGGUUAUUUCUGAUUUUAGCAUGGUAGACUAAGUACAUAUUCGCUCGCUCGCUCGCAGAUCGCAAAUUAACACGAAAUCUUCGCCGUAAAGUCGUAUUUAUGUUAAAAGAAAAAAGCGCGUAAUUUUUUCCUUCCUUUUUCUUUUUGAAGUAGUUUUUCAAAAAAAAAAAAAAAAAAAUUAAAUAUAAAAGGGACAAGAAUUGCUGCAAGUUCCUUAAUAGAAGAAGUUUUUAACGCUUUAAAAAUAAUUAAAAUAAAUUAAUAAUAAAUAAAGUUAAAGAAAUGGACAGAAAAACCAAAUCCGGCUUAAAGAGUUAAUGAUAUGAAAUUGUUUUUGUAAAAUUGAAAUGAAAAAUAAAGCCGCGUCACAAGCAUUAGUAGUUAAUGAAUAUGAAACUUUUUUUAAGUGCAUUGAAAAAGUAUUAAAAACUAAAUAAAUCCUCGUCUAUAAUAGAAGUCUCUGCUUAAGAAAUUUGUAAUCAAAACAAACUAUACAAUACAAACACUAGCGCAAUAAUAUAGUAAAGUAGUAAAUUAUUAAAAAGUUUAAUUGACCAAAGCAGAAACGUAAAACAUAAACAGAUAUAAAAAAAACGAAGUAGAAGAAGAAUUGCGAUACACACAAGAAAGAUGUCAAAUAGCCAUCAAAUGUUGUGCUCAUACCUAAAUGUUUUUUCUUAUCAGCAUCGUCAGCAUUGUUGUCAACAAUAAAGCGAGUGCCUGCCUGCUCUCCGUAUUUGAUAACAGAUUUCUUUCGAAGAAAGCGUAGAUAAAUAACAAACUGUUAAGAAUUUUCAAUAUUAAAUCAAUUCCAUAAGAGAAGGGAUUGUUUUACUAAACUUUUUCCAAACAAAUAAUGUGCACAGAGAUAAAUUCUGCAAUGGGUCUUCAAGCAACAGCCGCUACUAAGCGGAAGCACGAACUCACCUUCGACACUAAGGAUACUAAUACCUAUACAGCAAAUUGUCCGCCACCUUUAAAGGCUAGCAAAUGGUCUUUAAAUAAUAAUAAUUACAUCGAUGCCGUCGAAGAGCAAUGCACAAGCAAUAAAAUUGCCAUUAAUGGCAUUAAACAUUGUAGGACGAUCGCCGAUGAUGAUAUUAAAAUAAACGGUAUCAACUCCAACAACAAUAAUAAUAAUAAUAAUAAUGAAAGUAAAAACUGUGACAGUACUUGUGGCACAAUGGCCCAUAGUAUUAUGAAUGGCAAAGAUAUUAUUAACAAGUCUUCAACGCCAGUGUUAAACGCAAUUGUAGCCACUAUACCGGCCGCAGCAGAGGUUGAUGCUACUACACCUUUGCCACCUACUUCUAUUACGCCACUGCCCGAGGACAGCAUAGCGAAAUUGGAAGUCGUCGCUGCAGUACCUUGCGAGCCGUGGGUCUCAGCACCGGAGCCUGUGGACUGUAUAUCGAAACUACAAGCAGUAGCGGUACCUACGGAUCCCUGGGGUAGCAUUUCUACACGAUCGACGUUAGCUACGACUUUGCUUAGCACCGACGAACUCGAUGACGACGAUGAUGACUUUGAAGACGAUUAUGAAGAAGAGGAGAGUAUUAUACCUACCUAUUGCCCGUUAAGAUAUCAUCCUUUUCCUACUUCGUCUCCGUCUGCAAACGCACAUCAACCUCAACGUAUUGCCAGUUUUCCACAAGCACAAAGCUACGCUUCACGGCCUAACUAUUAUUCAGAACCAUUUCCCCAACAAAAUUGUUCAAGAACUGGUAGCCCUCAACACAUAAGAGUGGGAAAUAGCUUUACAUGGCAAAACGGCAACAAUGGAAAUUUUUAUGGCGCUCAUGAAUCUUUCUCAGCGCAGCAGCAACAACAGCAGCAGCAGCAACAACAACAACAACAACAACAACAACAACAGCCCCAACAACAGCAAACUAUACGUUGCGCAGAAAAUGGCAAAUCCUAUUUAGAGCUAGGAUGUAGCAGUCCUGCUCCUCCGCCAAGUAGUGCGCCAGUAGUAGCGCAGCCUUCAAGUUUUACAAACAUGCAUGUCACUGAGACAAGACAUCCGAUCAAACGUUGCUGUGACGGACGCGGUAGCUGGUGCAACACAAAUAAGCCCUGUUACAAGGAUAUACGUUUGAAAAUACGUAAUCUCUCAAUGUUUAAACUGUCACGGUUUCGUCAAGUAUCCGAACAGUCGUUGUACCGUUCCGUACUUAUUUGCAAUACCCUGAAACGUAUAGAUCGUGAAAUUGAAACAGAAGCGAAAGAAUUGCAUCAAGCUGCAGCGAAUGUAGCCCAACAGCAGCAACAGCAACACCAACAUCAACAUUCACACUAUCACCAUCAUUUACAUUCGCAUAUGCAACAUCAGGCACCGCCGCCACCUCAUCUUUCACAUGGAAGCCACCAUCAACCAAGUCCACCUCAGUUACAUACCCAGCAGCAGCAGCCGAUGUUGCAUCCGCAACAUCAAGAUUAUAUACCGGUACUUAAUUGCGGUCGACUCACCGGUGCCAUUGAUUAUCAUAUUCAACAUCAAGCCCAACAAUCGCAUCAGCUACAACAAAACUUUCCUCAUCCGUAUCAACAGAGUCAACCUGAGCGUAUGGAUACUCCGCCACCGGCUUAUCAGAAACCCGCCCCCAAUACUCAUUUUACGUUAGGCAACGGCAAUAACGCAUGCAAUAUAGUAUCGGCGAAUGCUACAAUGCAUCCCUACGAUCACUAUCCAUUCCGGGAGUCUCAUUCGGGACGCGCUACUCCCUUUCCAACCUGCCAACCUGUGAUAUCAACACCACCUGCUGCAACGCCCGCAACCACUCAAGUGCAAUCAUGCCAAACGGCUAACAUCGCGCCAGCAACUACUACAACAACUUUAACCUCACUAUCGGACAGCGAUUCUGGCUAUGCGGACGACGAUUCCACGCGUUCGAUUAACUGGAGCUCUGUAUUAAGUCUCUCAUCGCAAUCGGCUUUGGAUCCAUUAAACAACAACGAUUUAUUCUCCAUAUUACCGCCAGCGAAUCCGGCUACUGCAGUGCCCGUAACAAUAACCUCAACAAGUUCCUCUGCGUUAAACGGUAAUGAUAACUGCAAUCAAACAGCGUCGGUGGCCAUUAGUGGUACAUUCACUACAGUGCAAUCAGCCAAUAGCAGCACGUCAGCCUCCUCAGGCAGUACAAAUAAUAACUGUAAUACAACGCCUCCUUCAUCUUCCACGACAGCGACAUUUACCACACUAUCUACCAUCUCAUCGGCUACGCAUUCACUAACAUCUUCCUACGUAAACAGUAUGAGUGCACACCUGAAUCCCGCCUCGACUUGGGAAUAUAGUUUUCUUGACAUGGAAUUCGGUCUGGGUUCCGAGUUUACAGAACUGGUGCCAAGCUGUAAAUUAUCCUCCUCCGAUGAUUUAUUUAAAAAUAGCUUAACACCUGUAGCCGUUACGUCACGCUAUGAAAAUGAACUUGAACAACCCGCACAUAUAAUGGUCGGCAGUUAGUAUCAGUUGUAAAUGUUUUUUACGUUCGAUUUUUUUUUUUAAACAAGCAGGUUCCUUCUCGUCCAGAAAAGUAUUCUUUUACUUAAACGAAGCUUAUUACGAAGCUUUGUAUGCCAGUUUAUAUUUAAGUUAAAGACAUUAAGAAUUUUUAUUUCAUUUUUAUUAUAACGGUCGUCUUCUUCUUUUUUUUUUUACAAAUUUUUGGUUUCUCUCAAUAACGUAAUAACGCUCAGGUUGUGAACAAUGUGUGUGUGUGUUUCUCUCGCAUGCAAACAACAAAUGGAAGGAAGGAAAUAUUAAGUGUUGACUACUUCUUGAGAAUAGCUUUACAAGAAGUCAAAACAAAAACAAAAAAAAACAAAAAACGAAAACGAAUGUGAGGUGAACGGAAAGGUGUUCUCAAGAUUUUUGAAAAAUUCAGAAAAUAUAUUAAACUGUAUUUUUCAACUUCCAUGGGUGCAAUGUUAUCCUUUUAUUCAUAUAUUUUUUGUUUUCGUCAAGCUUUUCAUUUCAUUAGAAAAAGAGCAUUCAGAAAUUAGCA